UUUUCAGGUUACCAACAACAACAACAAAAAAGAACUCUCUAACUACUGUGAAACAAGCAGCAGGCCGUUAUGUUCUCAGUCUGGCAUAUGUUGUUUUAAAUCUGUGUUGCAUGCAAAGAAAUCUCAAAACUUAUCAAGGCAUCCCGGCGUGAAAUGUGCUAGCCAGUGUCAGGAAGUGUGGUCGCACUUGCAGGCAAUGAGGGGGCUUCCAAUGCUUUGAAGACCCGAACACAAAGCGAAUCCAACAAAAAGAACAAAACAUUGGACUCUCGGGAAAAGUCCUGAUAUUAAUCGCAUUGAACAUGUGAGGAAAAAAUGCUGAAAUGAGCUUGAGCGUUUGUCUUAAACCGCAGCGAGAAUGGACAGGGAGCUGGUUGGAGUUGCUUCAGAACUGAAUGAUGAUGUGCUAAUAAUAUGGCUGACGAAGUUCUGGAGAAAUUAUGCUUUGUUGUCAAUUUUUUUUUUAUGUGAACUACUGAAGUAUACAAGUUUCUAUCUCUUUCUAAGAACAACUUUUUUGACCUUUUUAGGAUUUAAUCUUUUUGUUGAUCGGUCUGUCCAUCUGUCUUUCAGUUGACUGAUAUGUGUAUCUAUCAUUCUGUCGAUUUGAUCAAUUGAACGUUCUGUCAAUCUGUGUGUGUGUCUGUCUGCUGAAGUGUGCAACGGUUGUGGGUUUGACGUUAAAGUUUCCUCUGCACGAUGGUUUCAAAUGUAGCAAUGGUGGGGCGGCUUUGAUGUGUGACAGGGGCGUUGCUAGUUUGGAAGUUUGGGCACCCCUCCCCCCCCAAAAAAAAAAAAGUUUGUCAAAAAACAGAGUAUUUUUUUUAACUUUUUUUUUUUGGUGGGGGGGGGGCUGAAGAUCGGUUUUAGAGAUGGUGUGACAAGAAAACUUCACCAUAAACACAUAUAACCCAAAUAAUUUGUGACAUCAUUUUCUUUGAGAGGCCUGUAGCCCCCCUCAAGUAGCCCGAGCGGCACCCCUGAUUUGCGUCAAGGUUGAGGGUUUGAUUAUGAUUUAUGUUCAUAUUCUUGGGGCUGUCAGGGCUUUGAAGUAUGAUGCGUUGACAUUUUCACCCGCAUCAAGAUCUUUGCUUGACAAUGUUUUAACAGUAUUAGCAACGCCCGGGGCUUUGAUUCUAAAGGUUCCUUUGUAUGAUGUUUGAACACUUUUAGGGUGGACUCUUUGACAGAGAUUAUAGUUUGAUGAAAUAUCAAAGUGCAAUUCCCCAGAUGAGAUGAUUUUCGUGUUAUUUUAAGGGGAGUUCAGACACAGUCUAACCUUAAGCUUUUAUUUUGGUACUUCCACCUGUCGGCAGUUUGGAUUUGCGUUUUUUUUUUUCCGCCCAAAUAACAUUUCUCUAACAUUUCCAUUUAGAUGUAUAUAGAUGUAAUAUUUAGAUAUAGAUUAAAUAAUUGUAUGGACAGUAUAGUUAACAUUCGACUAUGUAUGAAACAUUUACAUUCAACACUUUGAUAUACUUUUAACAUUUAGAUGUAUAUAGUUAACAUUGGCGGCACGGUGGCUCAGCUGGUAAUGCACAGUUUUGAGGCCCCAGGUUCAAUCCCGGCCCCGCCUGUGUGGAGUUUGCAUGUUCUUCCCGUGCCUGCGUUGGUGUCCUCCGGGCACUCUGGUUUCUUCCCACAUUCCAAAAACAUGCAACAUUAAUUGGACACUCUAAAUUGCUCCUAGGUGUGAUCGUGAGUGCGGCUAUUUGUCUCCUGCGAUUGGGUGGCGACCAGUUCAGGGUGUACCCUGCCUGCUUCCUGUUGACAGCUGGGAUGGGCUCCAGCACUCCCCACCACCCUUGUGAGGAUAAGCGGCAAAGAAAAUGGAUGGAUGGCUAGUUAACAUGUAACGUUUAGAAAUGUACUUAACAUUUAGAUGUACAUAUAUUGCAUAUUUAGAUUUAGCCUUUAACAUUGAGCUAAAAAAUGCAAGAUUUACAUGACAUUUUAUAUUUAAAUUUAGGAUUUCUCAUUACAUAUAUAUUUAGAAUUUCUCAUUUAGAUGUAUAUUUCACAUUUAGAUUUUACAUUUACCAUUUGGGUUUUAACAUUUAUUUAUAGGUAGAAAUGUAACAUUUUGAUUUAAUAUUAUUUAUAUUUUCCAUUUAACAUUUAGAUUGAAGAUGUAUAUUCGUUUAUAAAUAAUUGACAUUCAAAUUUACUAUUCAUAUUUAAAUCUACGUUUAAAUGUAAGAAUUAGGGGCAACAUUUAACAUUUGAAUUUGACUAUAGACAAAUCUAGUUCUGUGUCAACAAGUGACUCUCGAACAUUCACACCAGUUUUUAAAAAAUGUUUAGAAACAUGCCAAAAUGUUGCUUUUCUCAGAGUGUGCCAGCUUCAAAAUGGCACUCCACAUUUGACAUGUAAUUUUUUAUCAGUUUUAGCAAUGUUGAGGGAUUUGAUUUCCACGUUUCUGCUGUACAAAGUUUUACUAUUUUCCGCAAUUACAUCCUUCAACAUACAGGUGUGAAACUCGAGGCCCGCGGGCCAGAUCCGCCCCGCCACAUGAUUUUGUGUGGGCCGCGAAAGCAAAUCAUGUUUGUCAACUUCCAUGAUUCUUGUUCAAAUCUGUACAAAAAUUUCAAAUUGUCAUAUCAUAAACGAUAACACUGAGAUAUUGCAUUUUUGUAUUACCAAACAUGAACAAUAGUUGAAAAACCCAUUACCCUUGAUUGUUAGUUUCAAAAGUAGUUACAUCAAUUUUAUGUGCAAAUAUUAAAGAUUUUGGUGGUUUCAGUCAUAACGACCCUCUGAGGCCUCCGACAAAAAUGAGUUGCAUAAAAUAGAACAAAAAACCUGAAAAAAAGAGACCGUUUUGGCUUAUCUUUUUGUGCCAUUUGGGCUUUCCCUUCACUCAUCCUUUCCUCACCUGCAUGAGAUGGAAUGAGUUUUGCGCGCACAACGCACCCACUUCCUGUCCCCAUUGUACACUUACGCAAAAGUGGACGCAACAUCUAAAAAGCAACCGAAAGACGAGGUCGAGUGGAAACACUGUGUGGCAAACUACAGGAUAGUACUAAUAUUUAUAUUUGAGCAUGAGUGCUGAUUUGAGUUGUAUUUAGUGAGCUUUUCCUAUCAGAGACAGUUUGAACUCACGUCUGUCUGUCUGCAUACAGCUGUGAAAUUGAUCUGUCCCUGAAGGCAACGACACCUGAUGAGCUGGCGGGCUUGGGGGAUCUCCCUCAGUUGAUUUGUCGAAGCUAAAAACGGGAUACAGGUGUGCAUAUUUUUUAAACGGUCCCUGAAAGCAACCGUGGUGGCCUGAUGAGAACUGAACGUUUGAAAUCGAGAUGGAGCGAGACCAGGCGGAGGAAGCGAGAGAGCGCGGAAGUGACGAGGGGGAAGUGGCUGUCUUAAAUUGGCAAUCAAACGGGGAAAUUAUUCAAACGAGUCAUGCCACACACACACGCAAAUCACGCUCAGGCACGUGCUCCUCGCCACUUUUCAAAAGGGGGAUCAAGAUAGAUAAGACAGACGGACAUAAAUAAAUAACAGGCUGCUAAACACAACGGCGAGUGGAGCAGAUGUUCACAAAGUUAACCCGUUUUGUGACAAUUCUUUUAAGCGUAUAAGAGCAAGUGAGUGAGCAAGGCUUGAGGCUUUGUUCAAAAGCACAAGAAAAAUCACAAAUGGAACAUACUACCCUUUUUUUUUUUAAAACCUAAACCACAAAAACAGAAUCAGAAGGAGGAAGAAGCAGUGAGUUCCACAUCCUGCAUCCGAACUGCAUCCGAACCACAAAGCAACCAUGAGGAUCAUUUUUUUUGUUGUUCUUCUUCAUUUGAUGCGUUGGCUAGGGGCCGCCAUAACGUGUAACGAAAGCCAGCAUGCCAGCCUUAACUGCUUCAACGACUACGAUCAAACCAUCACUUGCAUUUGGAACAACUCGGACGCGCGCACGGCCGACGGCAGGGCACCAUGCAGCUUACACGCGGAAAGGCAGGGCGGACAUUACAAGUCUCAGUGCCUCCUUCGGCCAGUGGACGCGUCGACACCUUCCUCGCUGCAGAUAUGCUCGCUGGUCUUUGGCAGGCGAAGCAGGUUUCAGCAACGCCACAGGCUGAGAAUCUGGUUCAACUGCUCCAACGUGAUGAUGUCCUACAGACCGGCCUGUCACGUAAAAUUACCUCCGCCGGAAAAGCCUCAAAUCAACCAGACCACAAUUUCCUGGGUGGCUCCCAAGCGAGAGUGGAACCCGCGGUUCAGCUUUCAGCUGGAGUGGAAGAUGGCCGAUGAGCCCUGGAAUGGGGCGACAGUGCACAGAGAGGAUAAAGAUUGCAAUCGGUUGUGCAGAUCCGAGCUAAGUGUGGACCAGUUGGUGCGAGGUACGGAGUACGAGGUUCGUGUUCGGGUAAAAUCUUCGGAUAAAGAACUAAAGUCGGUCUGGAGCGACUGGAGCGCCUCCGCACGGUGGACGUCGGAUAUCGGGAUGGAAGCUGACUCCUUGUGGCUGGUUUUGGUGGUGACAGUCUCAGGAAUAGCCUUUGCCAUCUGUUUAGCUUUUCUCAUCUAUAAGACAGACAAGACCCACUGGGUUUACGCCUUUAAGAAAAUUCGAGGUCCACGACUACCAGACCCACGAAAAUCCUCCCUGCAGAACAAGUGGGCAAGUCCUCCUUUCAACAGCGAAUCCUUCCAGUCCUUCCUCUGUCCAGUGGACAUCCUCCCAGUGAACUCCGUUGGCUGUAGUGACCCUGAAGAACUUUGCUACCCUGGAGGACUUGGGUAUCUUGGAGCUCUGGUAGAGAAGAUGAUGAUGGUGAAGACCACCAGAGUCAGCUUCUUACACCCCAAGAACUCUCAGCUAUGGCCUUCUGCUCCUCCUGUGGCCUCCCUCACAUUGGGAGACCUGCAGCCAUGUGACCCUGAUUCACCCUAUGGCCAUGUGGGACCUCUCAUGGACCAGGAUGGGGAAAUGAAGGAUACUCGGCACUGCUUCCUGGAGGUUGUCAACAAGCUCUCAAAGUCCAGCAGUGAGGUGAUGCCAGUUAUUUCAGACUAUGAGAAGAUUGAGAAGCAUCAGCGUGAGCAUGAGGUAGAAGAAUCAGAAGGUAAACAUGGAGGAAAUGAAAAAUCUCCAUUUGAAGAAAUUUUCAUCAAAAGCUCCAUUCAGUUGAGUUUGGACAAUGAAUCCAUCCAGAUGUUACACCAGGACGAAGCCCCCGAGCUCCCCAGCGUCGAUUCGGGCAUCGGGAGUGUGGGGGAGGGACACGGAGGCCUUGAGGUGAGGUUGGAUGAUGGAGAAGAGAAGGGCUCACGGUUCUUCCACUGUUGUCCGGAUCCUGGUCCUGGUUCUCCUUUGAGCUGCCACCGUCCAACUCUGGUGAAUCUGCAUGCUCUCAUGCUGGACGCCACAAACUUGACAUGUGGAUCAGUACAGCCUUCCAGUGGUGGUUAUAUGCCGGUCUGUCCCCAAGAAGACAUCAAAAAUUGAAUACAGAGGGCCCCCCCCCCCCACCACCACCACCCUCACCCCCACUGAGUUGGCGUACCUCGACUACCUCCCCCACACAUCAUAAAUAAAAGCCCCAAAAGCAGUUAAAACGAAUUCGCAUUCCACCUGUUACCCACAGACAACCUAAACAAGUCUGGAAGAAAGGUAUCUUUAGUUAAUUUUUUUCCUUAUUUUAUAUAUUUAUUAAUUUUCUAACAUAGUUUUAAGCACUCGUGUCCAAUCGUCUUAGGCCACACACUUGGUUGAACAUCCCUACUCAGUUUGCACACCGUCUCUCCUCCCGCACACUAAACAAAAAACCUUUGGGAGUAAAAAAAAAAAAAAAAGUUAGUGCACCCACUCUACCCCAGACACACCCUUGAUAAAAAGUCCCAAAAAGCAAUUUGAGUUUCACAUGAUUUUAUAUCCUCAUCGAAGUCUUUCUUGAACUUUUUAAUCCUCUUACAGUGACUUCAUUAUCCUGACUCAGCUGGUGCACCCCUCUACUCUGAUAGCACCUCUAAUAAGUCAGACAAAAAACGUAUCUGAUGGAAAUUAAUAUGGACUGUUGACGUAUCACGUUUCGAAGCUGAGCGCUCCCUUCAACAUCCGCCACAGAACUGGCGCACCCCCGCUGUCCCGCACGCAUCCUGAAAAAAAGUUGUCAGGGUUUUUUUUCCAGUCUGUUUACCCCCCUUCAAAGUAAGAGGUACUUUUACGGAAUUUUAAUUGGUGGAAAAAUAUGUACAGUGAAGUCAUUCUCAAGCUGUCUUAACCAUGCACCCCCCACCUUUAACAAAAGUAAUUAAAUCACAAAGGGACAUUUUGAAGGGAAAUGCUUCUGUUUUAUCCUGAAUAUGUGCUAGGAGAGAGGAUGACUGGAGUGAAGUGACAAUGAAGCAUUAAAGUGUUAACUCCUG